GGGAGUUCCGAGGAGUUGCGACAGAUUUGUGUGUAGAUACCUAUCGGCUCAGAAAUGAUACCCUUAUCGCUGUUCGUCUUCGUCCUGGUCCAAUCCUCGAUAGCAAACCUCGAAGACCCCUAUCCAGACGCCUCCGACCUCUACGCGGGCUACUCAGAAGACCUUUCUGAUCUCGACGACUCAGAAAUCGAGAAGAGGAACAGCGACUUCGUGCGGUUCGGCAGGAGCGACUCGGACAAGUACGUUUACGAGGAUACAAGAAAGCCGAAAAAAGACACCAUCAGGAAAAGCGACAAUUUCAUCAGGUUCGGCAGGAACGGGAAUCAGUUUCUGAGAUUCGGGAGAGAUCAGAACAAGACGCUCAGGGAUGGGGAGAUCUAUCUCAGGUUCGGUCGUAGCGCUACGAAAAACGAAAACAACCCCCGUCCGAAAAGGUCCACCGCCCCGGACGAAUACCCCAAGCGAAAGGACGCCUUCCUCCGGUUCGGCAGAAAUCCGGACUCCGGGCGCGAGAUCAGAAUACCCUCCAAUUCCCCCCUGGUCUACGUGCUGGCGGAGCUGCUAGCGAGAAAGGGCGGCCAGUGGCAGAACGCCCCGUAUACAAGGAUCGUCGAGGGAAAUUAGAAAAAUCGAUAUUUCUGGAUUUAUAAGUCAACUAAACUAAGAAUUAACAAUUACAUUAAUUUUGAAUUUACUCGGCCGUUACUUGAUGGAAAU